UAUGUAUAAACUGUUUUUCCACGAAUGAAAAAAAUUGACAGUUCAAUAAAAUAUAAUAAAAAAAAACAAAGGCAAAAAAUCCUGUAAUUUUUCUCAUAUAAUUUUCUAAAAAAAAUUAAAAGGAGGCAGAGUUACAACAUAUUUACUUGAACAAGUUGUGAGCGAAAUAAAUGAAAUGUAAAAACAAUAUUUUGGUUAAAAAUAUUUGCGUGAAAAAAUUCCAAUAGAAAUCAAAUCAGGGGUUGAACACACUCGCUGUAUCAGCCGACGAAGUAGAGACAACAUAGUACAUACAUAGUACAAGAGAACGAAAAAAAUUUGUUCAAUUUUACAAAGGAUCAUACAUGUAAAUUAUUAAAAACAAGUCGGCGUAGAAAAUUUGUAAAGAACAGUUACAUAUAUUAAUAAGAAAAAUAUCGGUCGCGGGUAAGAUGGAACAAAAUGCAAAUGAUCCAUUUGCAUCUGAAAAUAGUGGCACUGCUAGGUUUGUAGGCGGCGGAGUGGUAAGCGGGGACCACUCCCUUGAUAAUGGUGCUAUAGCUGGGGGCUCUGUUAUUGUAAGCAGCAAUACAGCUGGCACUGUAAAUGCUGGUCAUGAAUUUCAGACAAUGAAACCGGGAGCAGGCGCCAACUUUAAGCAAGUCGGACGCACCGAAAUACCUCACAGUGAAUUGGUAAAAAUGUUGUACUAUCUUGAAGGUGAACUGCAGGCUCGAGAUGUUGUAAUAGCGGCCUUACGUAACGAACGUGUCAAACAAUAUAUAUCUCAACUUAAAAGCAAAAGGCUCCAGCCUAGUGACCCACAUGUAGCAAUUUUUCGAGAUAAGGUCGCCUUGUCUGGCAACUUAAUAUCUAGGGAAUCUUCUACACAAGCUGCACAAGCUGAAAUGGAAGUCAGACAAAUUAUCGAGCAACAAAUGGAACAGCUGUAUCAAAUGGUCAACAAACAGCGAGCUACACACUUAAGAAUGGUCAAUAUUUUGACAGAGUCAUUGGAAAAUAAUCAACGUAUGUUGCAGGAAUUGGAAGAUGAGAAACGAAAACACGAACACGACACUGCACAAGGAGACGACAUAACUUACGGCUUGGAAAUGGAACGAACUAAGCUGAGGCAAGAAUUGGAAGAAGAAAGAGCUCAGGUGAAAAAACUCGAAAAAGAUUUAAAAAAGUUACAAGAAACUUUGGAUUUUGAGAGAAAUCGACAAAAGCAAAUUGUACUUUUAUUGAUAGCAGAAAGGAAAAAGAUUAUGAUGAAAUACAUAGAAGAAGGAAAACGUUCGGAAGAUUUGGCUCAAAUCUUAGCUGAAGAAAAGCAACGUUCUGACAAUAUAGCAGAGGGUUUAGAAGAAGAAAGCAAAAAAUCAUUGCGUAUGGAGGAAGAAUUGGAAAAGCAAGCAGCAUCUUCUGAACAAGAACGUAAACUUAUUAAAGCAAAUCUUGCUAAAGAAGAACUUCGAGUCAAAGAACUGGAACAGGAGCUACUGACAUUAAGGGCUGAAAAUGAGGCUUUAAAAAAACAAAAUGCCACUAUGAGCAGUAAUACUGUCUCCAAAUCUAGAGCGUUUACUGAAGAUGGAUGUGCCACACCAAUGGCGAAUAUAGCCAAAAUUGUACAACCUACGGCGACAGUAUCUAGUGUCCCUGUGUCUGGGCCCACAACUGGUAUAGCUCUAUCCCUUACCCCAGCAAUAAACUUACGUACGGGUAUAGCUACGGCUCCUUCAAAUCUAACACCUUUACCUCAAAUAGCUGCAGCUGCAACAAUAGCUGUGCAAUCGUCUGCAGUUGGUAAUGAUGCCACUUCAUGCACACCAACACCAGGAACUGUUUUGGCUCCUAUUACUUCGGCAUCUGUUGCACAAAAAGCACAAACGGCAGCUCCUUCAUCGCCAUCCCCAGCUAAAAUGCAACCCACGGCAACAAUACAACGUGCCCCCGGUGGUAAAUAUUCAGCAUUAGCAGCUGCUGCAGCGGCAGGCCACUCACUUGACCAAGCUCCAUCGCCUCAUCCUGUACCCAUAGCGGUACCGCCUGUAACUGUUCCACCAGCUGGCGCUAGAGGUGCUCCUCCACCCAUACCUCCUAACAAACCAAUAGUCCCACCAAAGCGUGAACCCUCAUUAUCACGCCUUGGAUCUAUAUCUGGUGCUGCAAGUGUAGCGGCUGUCGCCUCAUCAGCUUCUACCGCUGCCAAUGCAAAAAAUUAAUUCAAUUCUAUUAAAUUUACUUUAAGUAAUAAUCAGUAAAACAUUAAAAAAGAAACAUAAAUCUACAUUAUACGAUAAACAAUAAUACUCUAAAAUUACUUUAUACAAAUCAUGAUAUAAACAAUUGAUAUUUAGAUCUUAAAAAACUACAUACAAUAUAUUCCAAGAAACAACAACAAAAAUUAAGUAAUCUCAAAACUAUUAAAGAAAAAAUUUAUAUUUUGUUUUAACCAUAAUUUUCAAUGGCGAAAUUAAUAGAAAGAAACUCGAUUAUAAAGUAUUAUCAUCACAUGAAAACUAUCUUUGCCCAUCCUUUGCAAAAAUUAAAAAAAAAAAAAAAAAACACACACACACAUUCUACUUAAAAACAAAAUUAA